UUUUCAGGUUUUAUGCUUGUGAUGGAGAUUGCCUUUUCUUCAUGCCCACUUCCUGAGUAAAAUCAGCUGGUAAUCCGAUAGAGAUGACCAGGCAUCGUUUUAGGGAGUCUAUAAAGUCCUUCUUAGGGUACCAUGUUGAUCCAGAAAGGGAUGAGCAGCUUAAAGGAAGUAAAAUAGAAAUUGAUGAAAAGGUGGCAACAAUAUUGAAGCUCAUCAAGGAUGAAGAUUCUGAAGGAAAUGAUGGAGUUCCGAUAGAUGACUCCAAGAAGGAACCUCUUGUUCGGUUAAUCGAGGAUUUUCACGAACACUACCAGAACCUGUAUGCACACUAUGAUCAUCUCACAGGGGAGCUGAGGAAAAAAGCUCAUGGGAAACGAGAUAAAGAUGCAUCCUCUUCGUCAAGCUCGGAUUCGAAUUCUGAUAGUUCUACAAAAAAUGGGGGCAGUAAAAAUGGAAUCUUGGAGAGAGAAUUUCAUGCAAUAGAAGGCGUUAAACAAGAACUUGAAGCUGCAACUCUGGAAAUUGCUGAUCUUAAGCGGAAGCUGGCAGAUACAAGUGAAGAAAAAGAUGCCUUGAAUUCAAACUAUCUAGCUUCUUUAAGCAAGGUACAAGAAGCAGAGGAAAUCAACACAAAUAUAAAGCUUGAAUCUGAAAGAUCAGAGAGUGAAAAAUCAAAACUUCUGGUUGAGAAUGAAGCGCUAAGGCAGAAGCUGGACACUGCUGCUAAGAUGGAAGCCGAGGUGAACCAAAGAUUGGAGGAGCUGCAUAGAGAAAACAGUCAAUUACUUAUAGAGAAAGAGGCCGCUGUUAAAAGAAUUGAAGAUGGCGAGAAGCUUGCGGAAGAUCUUAGAAGAGAAGUUGGUUUGCUGAAGGAGGAAAAUAUAAAUUUAAAGCAAGAGCUAGACAGUGUCAGAGGGGAAGUUUUCAAUGUGCAGCAACAGCUGGAAUCUUCAGAACAACGAGUUUCGGGAGUGAGCCAGAGUCUUAAUGUCACGAUGGAAGAGAAUAAGUCGCUGAACGCAAAGCUCUCUAAGGUUUCGAAUGAGAUUCAGCUGGCACAGGGCACAAUACAACAACUCAUGGCUGAAAUUAGUCAAUCAAAGGCGGAUCUGGGUGACAGAGAAAAGGAACUUGUGACGCUCAAAGAGUUGCAUGAAGUGCAUGGGAAUCAAUUAUCUGCUAAGAUAAAAAAAUUAGAGGCACAAGUAACAAGCUUGGAACUCGAAUUGGAACAAUUGCGAACAACAAACAGAGAUAUGGAGCUUCAAUUAGAGAACAAAGCAAGUGAAGUGAAACAGCUGGGAGAGGUAAAUAUAGGGCUGCAAUCCCAAAUUUCAGAACUCGAGAUGAUGUCAAAACAGAGAGAAGAAGAACUUUUGACUCUCUCAACUAAAUUCGAGGACAAUGAGAAAGAAUCAUUCUCUAGAGUGGAAAAUUUGACAAUUCAGAUCAACAAUCUGGUAGCAGACAUGGAGUCACAACGCACACAGAAAUCUCAGUUGGAAGAACAUAUUGCAGUGAAAAGUGAUGAAGCAUCAACUGAAAUCAAGAGCUUGAUGGAUCAAAUAAAUACCUUGCAGCUUGAGCUGGAGUCCCUGCAUAGCCAGAAAGCAGAGCUGGAAGAUCAGCUUGAGAGUAAAGCUCAAGCUAUUUCAGAUCAUGUGAUUGAGAUAGAAAAGGCAAAAGAAGAGAUAGUAAGCAAGACUGAGGAUCAGCAAAGAGUUCUGGAGGAGAACGAGAGUUUGCUGGCACAAAUGAAAGAACUAGAACUUGAGGUCAAUUCUCUACGGAAUCAGAAAGGUGAAUUGGAAGAGGGCUUAAGAACUAAAAUGGAAGAGAACGAUCAGCUGAGGGAGAAAAAUACAGUACUGCAGUCCCAAAUUUCAGAACUCGAGAUGAUAUCAAAAAUGAGACAUGAAGAACUUUCGGCUCUCACAAUGAAGUUUGAGGAUAACAAGAAAGAAUCAUCAUCUAGAGUGGAGAAUUUGACAUUGCAGAUCAACAAUAUGGUUGCAGACAUGGAGUCAUUACGCACCCAGAAAGCUCAGUUGGAAGAACAUAUUGUAGUGAAAGGCGAUGAAGCAUCAACUCAGGUUAAGAGCUUGAUGGAUCAGAUAAAUACUUUGCAGCAGGAGCUGGAGUCCUUGAAUGGCCAGAAAGCAGAACUGGAAGUGCAGCUGGAGAGAAAAAUUCAAGCUAUAUCAGAUUAUGUGAUCGAGAUAGAAAAGGCAAAAGAAGAGAUAGUAAGCAAGACCGAGGAUCAACAAAGAGUUUUGCAUGAGAAAGAGGGUUUGCUGACAAAAAUAAAUGAACUAGAAUUUGAGUUAAAUUCUCUGAAAAAUCAGAAAGGUGAGCUGGAAGAGGACUUAAGAACGAAAAUUGAGGAGAACGACAAGUUGAGGGAGGGAAAUACUGGACUGCAAUCCCAAAUUUCAGAACUAGAGAUGAUAUCAAAGCAGAGACAAGAAGAACUUUCGACUCUCACAAGUAAUUUUGAGGACAAAGAGAAAGAAUCAUUGUCUAGAGUGGAGAAUUUGACAUUGCAGAUUAACAAUCUGCUAGUAGACAUGGAGUCAUUGCGGACCCAGAAAGCUCAGUUGGAAGAACAUAUUGUAGUAAAAGGUGAUGAAGCGUCGAAUCAGGUGAAGAGCUUGAUGGAUCAGAUAAAUACAUUGCUGCAGGAGUUGGAGUCCCUGCAUAGCCAGAAAGCAGAACUUGAAGUUCAGCUUGAGAGUAGAACUCAAGCUGUUUCAGAUCAUGUGAUUGAAAUAGAAAAGGCAAAAGAAGAGAUAGUAAGCAAGACUGAGGAUCAACAAAGAGUUUUGCUGGAGAAAGAGAGCUUGCAGGCACAUAUCGAGGAACUAGAAUCUGAGGUCAGUUCUCUGAAGAAUCAGAAAGGUGAACUGGAAGAGGACUUGAGAACGAAAAUUGAGGAGAACGACAAGUUGAGGGAGGAAAAUACAGGACUGCAAUCCCAAAUUUCAGAACUAGAGAUGAUAUCAAAGCAGAGACAAGAAGAACUUUCGACUCUCACAAGUAAUUUUGAGGACAAAGAGAAAGAAUCAUUGUCUAGAGUGGAGAAUUUGACAUUGCAGAUUAACAAUCUGCUAGUAGACAUGGAGUCAUUGCGGACCCAGAAAGCUCAGUUGGAAGAACAUAUUGUAGUAAAAGGUGAUGAAGCGUCGAAUCAGGUGAAGAGCUUGAUGGAUCAGAUAAAUACAUUGCUGCAGGAGUUGGAGUCCCUGCAUAGCCAGAAAGCAGAACUUGAAGUUCAGCUUGAGAGUAGAACUCAAGCUGUUUCAGAUCAUGUGAUUGAAAUAGAAAAGGCAAAAGAAGAGAUAGUAAGCAAGACUGAGGAUCAACAAAGAGUUUUGCUGGAGAAAGAGAGCUUGCAGGCACAUAUCGAGGAACUAGAAUCUGAGGUCAGUUCUCUGAAGAAUCAGAAAGGUGAACUGGAAGAGGACUUGAGAACGAAAAUUGAGGAGAACGACAAGUUGAGGGAGGAAAAUACAGGACUGCAAUCCCAAAUUUCAGAACUAGAGAUGAUAUCAAAGCAGAGACAAGAAGAACUUUCGACUCUCACAAGUAAUUUUGAGGACAAAGAGAAAGAAUCAUUGUCUAGAGUGGAGAAUUUGACAUUGCAGAUUAACAAUCUGCUAGUAGACAUGGAGUCAUUGCGGACCCAGAAAGCUCAGUUGGAAGAACAUAUUGUAGUAAAAGGUGAUGAAGCGUCGACUCAGGUGAAGAGCUUGAUGGAUCAGAUAAAUACAUUGCUGCAGGAGUUGGAGUCCCUGCAUAGCCAGAAAGCAGAACUUGAAGUUCAGCUUGAGAGUAGAACUCAAGCUGUUUCAGAUCAUGUGAUUGAAAUAGAAAAGGCAAAAGAAGAGAUAGUAAGCAAGACUGAGGAUCAACAAAGAGUUUUGCUGGAGAAAGAGAGCUUGCUGGCACAUAUCGAGGAACUAGAAUCUGAGGUCAAUUCUCUGAAGAAUCAGAAAGGUGAACUGGAAGAGGACUUGAGAACGAAAAUCGAAGAGAACAAUCAGUUGAGGCAGGAAAGGGUGGGUUUACAAAAUCAAAUCUUUGAAUUAGAGAAAACUUUGGCAGAAAGAGGGCUUCAGAUCAAUGCCCUAGUGUCACAGGUCAACGAUUUGCAGCAGGAGUUGGAUUCAUUACAGAGCCAGAGAAAUGAACUAGAGUUGCAGCUUGAGAGAGAGAAACAUGAAUCAUCAGAAAGAUUGAUCAAAUUUGAGAACGAGAAGUCUGGAUUCGAAAGCCAAAUUGUCAAUCGUCAGAGAACACUAGAAGAACAUGGCGAGGCAUAUAAGAAGUUGGUUGAGGAAUACAAAGAGAUCGAGGGGUUAUACCAAGAGUGCAAGGCUAAUGUGGAAGUUGCGGAAAGGAAACUGGAAGAAAUGUCUGAAGAAUUCCGUAUAAACAUCAAAUCUAAAAGUCAGGUGGUUGAAGACCUUGAACGAGAUUUGCAAGCAAAGGAAGAUGAGAAAAAUGAUCUCCUAAAUCAGAUUACAAAUCAUCAGAGAAUGCUAAAAGAACAAGAUGAUGCUUUUAACAAGCUAAACGAGGAAUACAAACAACUUGAAGCUUCAUUCGAGGAGUGCAAGGCAACUAUUGAAUUCACAGAAAGGAAGAUGCAAGAAAUGGCAGGAGAGCACAAUACGAGCAUUCAAUCAAAGGAUGAAAUAGUUGCCGAUUUGGAGCAAACCAUUGAAGACUUGAAAAGAGAUGUAGAAAUGAAAGGAGAUGAGCUCAGUAGCUUGGUUGAGAAGGUCCGCAAUAUCGAAGUUAAGCUCCGGUUGUCAAACCAAAAACUUCGAGUCACAGAACAAUUGCUAACCGAGAACGAAGAGAGCUACAGAAAAGCGGAAGCAAAGUACCUGGAAGAAAAAAGACUGCUUGAAGAAAAGAUCUCAACAUUGUCUGGAAUAAUCGUUGCGAAUAAUGAAGCCUAUAGCAGGAUGAUCAAUGAUGUCUCUGAGAAUGUGAAUAGUACAUUGAUCGGAUUCGAAUCAAUCAUCGAUAAAUUCGAAAAGGGGUGUAGAAACUACGAGCAUUGCAUCGAAGAAACAUCGAAAGAGCUCAAGAUUGCAAAGCGUUGGGUUGAAGAGACAAAGAGUGAAAAGAAGCGGCUAACUAAUGAAGUAACAAACUUGGUCAAGCAACUGAAAGAUCUGAAAGAAGAAGAAUCCACGCUGCGAGAGCAAGUGGAGAAGCUACGGAUUAAGGCACACAAGGAAGAAGGCGAGAAGGAGAAUCUGGUGAAAGCCAUGAAUCAGCUGGAGAAGAAGGUUGAAUUGUUGGAGACGAUGAUGAAAGAGAAGGAUCAAGGCAUAAUCGGACUAGGAGAGGAGAAGAGGGAGGCCAUUAGGCAGCUGUGCUUGUGGAUCGAUUAUCACCGCAGCCGCUGCGAUGAUCUAAAGGAAAUCAUCUCAAAAACUAUCAGAGUCCAGAGGGCAGCCUAG